CUCUUCCCGUGCUGCUGCGCGGCGGUGUCGCGCUCUGCCCGCGUCCGGCAUGGAGGGCGCCGCGCACUGCUCGCUGGAGGCCAAGCGGCUGCUCCUGGACCCCAAGUUCGAGGGCUACAAGCUGUCCCUGGAGCCGCUGGCCUGCUACCAGCUGCAGCUGGACGCGGCUGUCGCAGAAGUGAAACUUCGUGAUGAUCAAUAUACCCUUGACCACAUGCGUGCUUUUGGCAUGUAUAAUUAUCUCCACCUUGACUCCUGGUACCAGGACAGUGUCUACUACAUUGACCAAUUUGGAAGGGUUAUGAACUUGUCAGUGACUCUGGACACUGCUCUCCAAAAACCAAGAGAAGUUUUCAGGCUACCUACAGAUUUGACAGCUUAUGAUGAUCGCCUUUGUGCCUCAAUGUACUUCUCAUCUUCCACAUGGGUUACCAUUUCUGAUGGAACAGGAAGACUAUAUUUAAUUAAGUCAGGCAAGCGUGGAAACAGUGCAUCGGAAAAAUGGGAGACUGUGUUUAGUGAAGAACUAGGCAGUCCAUUCGUUAUAGUACACAGUGUUUCAUUUGUAAAAUCUGAUAAACAUUCAAUAGCUGUGCUACUGCUCAGGGUAGAAAAAGAUGAAUUGGACACAAAAGGAAGUGGAUUUCAUAUUACUUUGGAAUGGGUUACAUUUGUAGAGAUGAACAAAGCGGAUGAACAUAGGUAUGAAAUCAGCAAAAGGAGAGUUUUACAAGGAAAAUCAGUCCCUCACUAUGCAGCAGUAGAACCAAGUGGAGAUGGUCUAAUGAUUAUUUCCUACAAACCAUUCAAAUUUGUACCAGAAGAGGAAGAAAUUUUAGAAGAAAAUGAUGAUAAAACAACAAAUGAAAAGAAAGACCCUCUCUAUUACUGGCAACAGACUGGAGAUGAUCUGACAAUAACAGUUCACAUUCCUACGGACAUCACUAAGGAUGACAUAAAAGUACACUUUUCCCCUGACAACAUACGUGUUGCACUGAAAGACCAGCCUGCUUUGAUGGAAGGAAAAUUAUAUUCAUCUGUGGACCAUGAAAGCUGCACCUGGAUAAUUAAAGAGAACAAAAGCUUGGAAAUUUUUCUAAUUAAGAAAAAUGAGGGACCACGGUGGCCAGAGCUAAUAGUUGGUGACACAAGAGGGGAAUUCAUUAUGGAUUCUUCCCAGUGCGCUGAAAUAAGUGAAUCUUUGAUGCAUCUGACUUCUGAAGUAAUGAAUCCGGAUCCUGAAAAAGAAAACCCACCUUGUAAUGCACAAGAAUUAGAAGAAUGUGAUGCUUUUCUUGAAGAUGGCGCAAGUUUGUGCAGAUUUGAUGGCAAUACCUUGAAGGUUACUCAUGUAAUUAAUCUUGGAAGCAAUCAGUAUCUUUUCUCAGUCGUCGUGGAUCCCAAAGAAAUGCCUUGCUUCUGCCUGAGGCAUGAUGUUGAUGCUCUUCUCUGGCAGCCUCACUCUGAUCAGCCGCAGAACAUGUGGGAACACAUUGCAACAUUUAAUGCUUUAGGUUAUGUUCAAGCAUCAAAACAAGACAAGAAGUUCAUGGCUUGUGCCCCAGACUAUUCCUAUGCUGCUCUUUGCGAGUGCUUGCGGCGAAUUUUCAUCUAUCGCCAGCCAACUCCUCUGACCACAGUUCUCUACAACAGGAAGGAAGGAAGACAAGUAGGACAGGUUGCAAAGCAGCUGGUAGCAACUCUGGAAGCCAGCAAUCCAAUCUUAGGCUUUCAAGCUACAAAUGAAAGAUUAUUUGUUCUCACAACAAAAACCUUGUUUUUGAUAAAGGUGAAUGCUGGAAAUUAAUUAGUAUAUUUUGCUGUAGUUUAUGUUUAUAUGUUAAAGAAAUGGCCAGGUAAGUGAUCUGAGGAGUUUGGUACAUUUUGCUGAAGUUUAACAAGGAGAUAUUUUACAGGGGAAUCAGGUUUUUUCAUUAGAACUUACCUGUAAGUCAGUGAGAGGAUUUCAGCUUCACUGUUGCUGAAAUGAGCUUUUUUGGAGGCGAAUAAAAAUGCCUUGUGUGCGAGCAGCUUUCUAGAGACUGCAGUUUGCAGAAGUGAAUAGAUUUAUGCAUUUCUUUUUCCAGUGACUGCUUGCCAGACUUCUGAAAUUUGAGAGUUCACUUCUGAUUUUAACUGAUAGUUUUACCUCUGAAAAAAAGUCAUCAGAUAAAGAAAAUACAGACUCAUGCUACAAGCAUAUAGCGUGCAGUGUAAGGAACUGCGUGUGCUUAAAAAAAAAUAUCCAAAUGCACAGACUGUUGGCCAAAAAACAGUUUAACUCAAGUGGAAAUAUUUUAUUGUAUAUCCAAAUUGAUAGUGUAAAAUUCUGUGACUGACUCGUGCUUGUAAUGGAAUCUAUUCACAUUUUAAGAGAUGCUGGAAUAAAUGCCAGUGAAAUUUUCUUAAAACUGAAUAGGAGUGAAUGCGUAGCUGAUGUUGAUAUGAUUAAGAAUGCAGUAAGACUUUGAUUCGUACCAAUGUCUCAUUUUCAUUUCAAGAUGUGCUUAAGUGACUAAUUUGCUAUUAGCUAACAGAAAAUGCACCUGUGUUGUAACCUGAGAUGGGAAAUUCAAAGGUUCUGCUGCUGCCUUAGAUAUCACCAUAAAUAACAGAAUUUCUUGACUACUCUGUACCCAGUGCACAAGUCCAGAUGUGGUAUGUGUCCAAUAUAAGAGUGCACAGAUGAUGAGGAUGCUUUGAAGUUGCUUGUUACCAAGCAGGAGUGGAUCAUUUUGUUGAAAAACUGUUCUUGAAUAUUUCUUUCUUAUUUUAAAGUGAUAGUGUCAAUAGAAUUAAACCAAAAAAGGUCAGUUUUGACAACUUCCUCUUCAUUUUUAUUCUCAUAGUUUACAUAAAACUCUAUAGCAAAGGAUGCCUGAUGAGUAGAUUUUGUGCUGUCACAAAAGCUGCAAUGUUCUGUGGUACCAGAGUACUGAGUCAAACACAUCCUAGUACUUUGCAUCUUUGUUAAUACUAUUUUUGACCUCUGCAAGAAUAUAUUGAGAAGAAAAUGUCCUUUGUUAUUACAGACUACCAGAUUGAUUUUGAUUGUUUUCGCUUGCGCAUAAACUCUGUAGUUUUGUAUCAAAUGAUUAAAUGAUAUGGUGUGAAGUUCAAGAGGGAUAUUAAGAAGCUCCAAGUUCAGCUUUCCAAGGAGCCUGAUUUUUCUCCACUUUAUGUCACUGUUAUUUUGUAUAUCCAUUUGUGAAAAGAUUUUUUGUUACCUGGGUGUGUUAAAACAGAUUCCAUCUGCAAACCUUCACUUCUCAUGCAUUUUUGUUUAAACUGUCUUGGAAAUACUUGUUAAAAAGCCUCAGUGAAUGUAUGACUUUUACAUAACUUUUGCAGCUAAAUUUCAUGUUGAGUAACAAUGCUGAACAGACAUGGUAGAAAUAUGUAGCAGUCCAUGCAGCUGAUUACUUUCCAGCAUAAAGUACAUUGAGAUUUAUAUGAACAUUAAAUAGUAACCUGACUAUGGAUGAGAAUUUCUGGUCUUUAUGAAAUUCCUCCUUGCUGUAACAUAUAUAUCUGGAAACAAACUUCUGUUGUCUUCUGAAAUAGCUGAAACAAAGCCAAGUAGAAUAAUCAGCUCUUUGCAGACUGUUAUAAUAUGUAAUGACUAAAAACAUGCUUCCCUAACAUGUCAGUUUCAGGGGAGUCAUUGUUCUUAUGGGAACAACUGAACAUGGGGAGAAGUUCAUCUCAUGUUCCAUGUUGCUUGUGUGUUCAUGAUUUUGGUGUUCUCAGACAGGAUAUGUCAGUCUCUUUUAUUUCACUUUCUCUGAGAGUUAAGGACAUAGUAUUAUUUAAAAGAUUCAUUGCCUUGAGGAACCUUGCAUGCUGUUGCACAGCAAGCUGCUAUAAUUAAAUGGCUGCAAGCCACAGGGAGACGUUUUCUAUCAGCAUUUCCAUUUCUGUGUUCAAUUAAUUUUAAGGCUUAUUUGUUUAGCAUAUUAUUGUAGGCAUAUACAAAGUAGAGAAUGGGGAUAUUUAAGACACAGUUUUCUGAGAACCAUUCUUCAUUGUUUUUGUAAAAUUUCAAGAAAUAAAAUCCUACAUUUGAGGACAGUGCUUUCUGAGAUGUCCCAAUCACAAUCUGUUUAGAAUGUAUUGGACUAUUAAAAACUUGCAUUCUUUAUUUCAGUGUACUUUCACAAGUAUUUCACUUGGUUGGCUGCGUAUUUGGAAUGUAUCAUGUAUACUUCUACAAAUUUAAAUGAAAAAAAAAAUAUCAAAUUUAAUAAUAAAAGUUUUUAAGUUGUU